UUUUUGUUUUCGGUGUGCAGAACACGUGCACUCUCGGUUAAUAAUUUUGAAAUUUUAUAAAGAAUCUUAAUAAAAAUGGGUCGUAAAUUAAUAAAGAAAAAAUCUAAAGUAGUUCCAGUGGAAAUACCUAAAGAUGAAAAUCCACCACUUCCAUCAAAAAGAUUAUCAGACGAUCCUAUCCCUAAAAAAGAAAAAUGGACAAAUAAACAACGUGUUUUAGUCUUUGCCGCUCGAGGUAUCAAUCACAGAGAUCGUCAUUUAAUGAGCGACAUCAAAACUCUUAUGCCUCACCACAGACCUGAGUCCAAAAUGGAACGCUCCAAAACAUUGUCGCUUGUGAAUGAAAUGUGUGAAAUGAAGCAUUGCAACAGAGCCAUCCUUUUCGAAGGCAGACGUAAACGAGACUUGUACAUGUGGCUAUCGAAUGUUCCAAAGGGUCCAUCGGCAAAAUUCCUAGUCGAGAAUAUCCACACAAUGGGAGAAUUGAAAAUGACUGGCAAUUGCCUCCGUGGUUCUCGGCCAUUGCUUUCAUUCGAUUCGAAAUUUGAUGAAAUUCCACAUUUGUCUCUCCUCAAGGAGCUCUUAAUUCAGACCUUUGGUGUACCCAAUCACCAUCCCAAGAGCCAGCCUUUUAUUGACCAUGUCUACACAUUCACAUUCCUCGAUAAUCGAAUUUGGUUUAGGAAUUUCCAAAUACUUUCCGAGGAUGGUGGUUUGGCUGAAGUAGGUCCGCGUUUCGUAAUGAACCCAGUGAAAAUAUUCGAAGGUUCAUUCACUGGUAAUGCAAUUUGGGAAAAUCCCGACUAUGUUAGUCCCUCAAAGCAGAGACAAUUGUUGAAGAAGGCAUCCAGCGAUAAAUAUGUAAGCAGAGUUGAACAAAAGGUUCGUCACGAAGCAUCGCGGCCUAUGCAUGCUUACGAGGGUGACGACUACGAAGAUAUAUUUGCUGCAAAAGAUGCCAUAGCAACUGCCAAACUAAUUGCAGCAAAACAAAAAGAGAAAUCUGAAAAGAAAAAACCGAUCAAAGCGAAAUUGGACCAAAAAAUCAAAGAAAAACAACUUAAGUUUGUACAGAAAACAAUUGAACAGAGAAAAAGCAAAGGCAAACCUUCAAAGAAGACCACUAAAAAAGUUGAAGCGUAAAUAAAAGAGUUUUGUGUUUUUUUUUAUAUUUAAUAAACAAUGGUAGUACUACCAUAAACAAACCAAAA